AUGAACAACAAUUCAUUCCACUACUUCCCGCGGCUGCCUCUAGAAUUACGCCGUCUUAUCUGGAAGCUUUGCCUACCACAUCGUAUCGCAGAAGAAGACACCCCUGACUUCCUGCUCGAUGGAAAUGAAUCCCGUCAGGCUUGUUAUGGCGACCGCAUAACGCACCAGAACGCCCAGCCACCGACCAUCGCAUUCGUCAACCGCGAGUCCCGGGAGGUUGCGCUGGAAAAUGGACAUAGGUUGGAACUGGACGACACAACUAGCCUGGCAGCGAUAUGGGUGCAGCCGCGUCGGGAUGUGUUGCAUCUCAACUGGACGCGACUGCGCUACAUUGUCUGGGGAAAUGCUGAUGACCCUGCGAGCCCAAUCGCCAUGUACCUGUGGCGGGCGGAGGACCUUGGGAUGCAGCCAUCUGUCGUGGCGGAGAUUAUUCGCCCCUUUAGCUUGAAGGCGCUGUUUGAUCACCCUGAUGGCGCUGAUGCGUGUGACAACCCGUGGUUCCUUUAUCACCGUUCAAGAAAUCAAGAAGUGAGCGACAUCGCAUAUUGUGCGGAAAGUCCCUCCUUUAGCAGGCUAGACGUAACCAUGUCCGCGGUUUCUCUGCAUAUCACGAGAAAAACAGCUCUGAGAUCUGGCUUGUUUGGGCUGUUGGGCGAUGCGCCUGUUCAGAUGGUUGAUGUUGGCGACGAAGCCCGGCUGAAGGAAUUUCAAGCAUUAUACAGGGAAUACGCAUUGGAAAAGGAACCGGCUGUACAAACGCUUUUCGAAACGUUUACGAGUCCUCGGUUCCAAGCAGCUGUGCAAGCAUGGAAAAGCCAAGCUGAAUUGCUCAUCCUCGCGUACAUGUGGCGGCUGGCUCGAAGAGACAACCUUGACAUUCUUGGGACGAACCCUGGUUCCGCUUGGCUACCUCAGUUGCCAGAGCAAGCGUUCCUCGGCAUGCCUGAGUAUUUGCCGGACGCAGAGUAUUCGCCUGAUGAGAGACAUCCGUGGGUCAAGCAAGCUAGGGAGAGCGCACCCAAACUGCGACCGCGGAUCAUGGUGCGCUAUUGUACGAAUGAAUGUUAUAUCAAGGAGCGACUUCCCAGCAACUUUGGGACUUUUUAA